GCGCGCUUCCGUUUCGCAUAGCCGCUCUGUGGAAUGCAAUGGGCAAAUCUGCAGUCGCAAUUGCGCCACCGCUGCUCGUCAAGACCGACUUUCACGGAAAGAAAUGUCUCCUCCGGCUGUUAGACCUUCUCCUCUAAACGUCGAAGGCCAUUCGGCAUUCGCAGCAGCGUCCGUCUGUCUUUGAGCGAGCCCGGCCGCCCGUUCUACGAGGCCGCGCGUGAAGCCUCGAACUCGCCUCGCCGCUCUGCCCGGCAAGAGGCGAUCCAACUCGGACAGUGAAGGGGGGUGGUGGGGGGGUCGGGUCAACCCUGGGUGGUCGGGGUCAGGGACGACUUUUUUUGUGGUUGUCUCUCUGGGGGUCUCCCCGCGCCACCCACCACCACCACCACCAUCCUCUUCUUGAAACACACGAGCGCGUAGCUGAAUUAGAAGCCAGGACAUGAAUCACAACAGCAUCCCGCCGCGAUGGCUUCACUGCCCAAGGCGUGGGCAAUUGGUGGCCGAGAGGUUCCUGCCGCUGAAGACGAUGCUGAGUACGCGGUACGACGACCAGGUCCCGGAGGAGUGCCGCUUCAAUCCCUCCAUGCUCUCAGUCUAUCUCAAGAGCCGCAAGGUGGAGAUGGGUGUACUGAUUGACCUGACCAACACAAAUCGUUUCUACGACAAGAAGGAAAUUGAAGAUGCUGGAAUUACCUACUUCAAGCUGUAUUGCCGGGGACAUGGGGAGUGCCCAUUGCCUGAACAUACACAGGUUUUUGUCAAGUUCUGCGACAACUACAUCAAGAAAAACCCACAGAAAAUCAUAGGGGUGCACUGCACGCACGGCUUCAAUCGCACCGGCUUCCUCAUUUGCGCCUACCUUGUAGAGAAGCUGGACUGGAGCGUGGAAGCGGCCGUGGCGGAGUUCAGCCGCGCCCGCCCGCCCGGCAUUUACAAGGGCGACUACCUGGACGAGCUGUUCGGCCGAUAUGGCGACUCCGAGGACACGCCAGCGCCUCCGCCACUGCCAGACUGGUGCCUGGAAUUUGACGACGGCGAUGCCGGGCUCGACGAUGACGGUGACGUCCCGGCACAUGGAGCCGCGCCCAGCUCGUCUGGCGGGACCCACACCGGUCGCAAUCGCAGGGAGAUCUUUCGCACUGGCGUGGUGUUUCUGGAGGGUGUCCAAGUGCCUGGCGUCACGCAGCUGACCACCCAGCAUAAAAUCUCCAUGGUGCAGCACAAGGGCCAGGAAUUCUGCAUGUGGAAAGGGUCUGGCUUUCCAGGUGCUCAGCCCGUGUCUAUGGACAGAAAGAACUUGGUGUUCCUCAGCAAUAAGCAUUACAUGGUCAGUUGGAAGGCUGACGGCACACGGUACAUGAUGCUCAUCGAUGGCGAAAAUGGAGUGUUCAUGAUCAACAGGGACAAUAUUAUAUUCCACGUCGCCAGCCUUGAGUUCCCGAACCGCAAGAGCCCCGACAGCCACAUCAACAAUACGCUUUUGGAUGGGGAGAUGAUCGUCGACAAGGUGAAUGGGCAGGACGUUCCUCGCUACCUCAUCUACGAUAUCGUCAAAUUCAACGGCCAGCCCGUGGGCCAGUGCGACUUUAGGACACGCCAGCAGUGCAUCCAGCGCGAGAUCAUCGAGCCGCGGCACGAGAAGAUGAAGGCAGGGCACAUCAACAAGGCGAUGGAGCCAUUCAGCGUACGAGCAAAGCCCUUUUGGGACGUGACGCAGUCGCGCUCCCUGCUGGAGGGGAAGUUUGUGCAGCAAGUGAGCCAUGAGGUGGAUGGACUCAUCUUCCAGCCGGCCGGCACAAGGCCCAUCGAUGUGUACGUGCCCGGACGCUGCUCGGACAUGCUUAAGUGGAAGCCUCCAAGCCAGAACUCGGUGGAUUUCCGCCUCAAAAUCAGCAAGAUCGGCGGCGAGGGCUUGCUGACGAAGACCAUGGGGCUCUUGUAUGUGGGCCAAAAGGACACUCCAUUUGCACAGAUGAAGGCCACCAAGGAGCUCCGGCAGUAUGACAACAAGAUCAUCGAGUGCAAGUUCCACAACAACGAGUGGCUGUUCAUGAGGCAGCGCACUGACAAGAGCUUCCCAAACAGCUUCACCACCGCCAUGGGCGUGUGCGAGAGCAUCCAGUUUCCCGUCACCAAGGAGAUCCUUCUGGACCACAUUGACAAGCAUCGGUACAAAUCAACCGGCGCUUCUGCCGCACCCGCUGCACCGCACCAUCAUCACCAGCAGCAGCACCAGCAGCAGCACCAGCAGCAUCACCAACAGCACCAGCAGCAGCAACCGCCAGCCCAGCAACCACCGACAGUCUCGUCAAACGCCAACCACGCCGCCGGCGUGAAACGCCCGAGCGCGGACGAAGAAUCCCUGAUGCCGCCGCCCCCCGCCAAGCGGUGAUCGGGCGCGAGCAUCUGGGCCAUUGGCACCAUCGCUUCAGGCGCUGCCCAACGCGCCGGGGCUAUGUUGACGAAGGGGUCCUGCGGAGAUGAAGGCUGCGCGAGCAAGGAAGGGAGGGAGUGUCGACUCGUGCGGCAGACCACAUGACCCCCCACCACCGCAGCCUCCGCAUGCCCUUUUUGCAAGUUUUGGUUGUUUAUGUUUUAUUUAUGCUCAUCUCCUCACUGUUACAAGACACAUCUGUCGUCCGCGAAUGCAUCACAAAUGGCUAGACCAUAUGAAUCUUAAUUUGUAAGUGUACGCAAGGCAAUCUGGCCAGGGAUUCAUGCCUUAAAUGUCAAGAUAUUCAGAUCAGUGUAUUAACGGUUUCACCCGGGGUUUUCCUGCACAGGAAGAUGAACUAAGUGGGGGACGAGGUGAGCCUCCGAGGUUUCCCUCCGUUGUGUCUCGUGCAGCGCUUCCCUUCCCGGUGGCCGGCUCACUCGUUAGAGGCCCUCAUCGAAGCGGAAAAGAAAGCAACCAACGUGUACAAAUGCUUCCCUCUGCAUUGAUCCAGUGCUAUCGUGUACAGAUACUUUAGAGCCUGGCAGAAGGCUAUGAUGGAACUAAAUAAUUUCUAAUGGGGGAUAGAGCGAGACCCAAAGGCAAUUCGUGUACGGGGACCGUCUGCUAGCCGCAGGCUUGUUUGUCCCAUCAUGUUAAUUGCUGCUCCGUUACCCGCACGAUGUCCUCGGCAGCAUUGAAAUGCACACCACGUCCGCGCCUGUCUGCGCUGAGCAUACAGACUUACUGCAUGAGGACCUACGGAGAGGUGUGUGUAUGCGUGCGUUUCUGUCUGUGUCCCUGUAUCUGUGUGUGCAAGUUUUUAGAUUUAUAAAGAUAACAAGAACGUACGUGGUUUUUUUUUUUCGCCCGGUGCGUGUGUUGGGCAGGUAGCGCCCUAAUGCUUGGUUUACAUAGUUGCAGGGCCAAUGGCACUUGCUGUGUUUUAUUUGCAAAAACCCACAGUUCCAAACCCAGAGGCCACAACACUCCAUGCAUGACCAGCCUGCCCCAACACAUGAAACAAUCAAUGUUUGUCUGCAGAAGUGCAUUUCAGAAGCUCUCAACUCUGCUGCAUAGGGAUGCAGCUCACUCCAGCCUUCCCGUGUCAGCUCUCCUCACCCACACAGGUUUAAAUUAUGUAACGUGCAUUAGAUUCUAUUGUAUCUGUUGAUGGAAAAAAAAACGGUGUAUGAGCAAGAUGCCACUUCAAAAGACCCUGGCUCUUUGCUCUGCACUCAAGCCCUCAAAUUGGGCAGCAGCACACUGAGUAAGCCCGAGGCUCCAUGAGCCAAAUUCCGAGUAGUGAAACUCUAAUGGACUUAAAAUGAUGCAGCUCAGCAUGGUUAAUCAAAAUCAACAGAUAAUAGCUUCCCAUUUAAUUUAUUUUGAUUGGGAGUGGGGAGGUGGAGAAUGUACUCUUUGGCAGCGUCAGCCUUUGAGUGUUAAUUUGUAAAUGUUCAUUAUCUGCGGUUUACGUUGCGUGGCUAACUGGUCUUGUGGGGCAAUCCUCUGCCUAAGCUCACCAUCUAUGCUGCACCGGGAAGGGCCAAGGACACUUGGGGAUGCUCAGAUUUUGUGACUUUACUAUCAGAGUACAAAAUCAAAGAAAAAUAAACAGUGUAAUCACGUUUUCAUUUUUGCAGAGGCCGAUGUAUUGCCGCGUCCGGGAUUUGGGAAAUGAAUGAUUUGUUUUGUGGGAGUAAAUCAAGGACAUUGUCCUUGUUGAACAAAGUUCGAAAGUGGUAAACAAACGGCACACUUCCCGUGCACCGCAAAAGUAGUUGGUAAAGGGCAAAUACGCAUCACUGCAAUUGCUUGCUCAAGCCACUGCUGGCAGAAGAGCCUCAAACUAGCGGUAGCUCUGGAGAGCCCCUCUACAUGACCUCUGGCCUACUCUUUCACGCUGGCCAGACAUCUCAGAAGAAGUGGUGGUAUACACACUUUACCCCACCACACGCCAACCUGCUGAUCGACUGUUGUGCCCAUUAAUACUGCUGAGUUGGACUAGGUGGGGGGGGGGGGGGAGAUGGUAACUACCUCGCCUAUUAUGCAGGAGGUUGUGGCUUCAAUCCCAAAUCUGACACCAGUAUAUAUGGAGUUUACAUGUCUCUCUCCCCGUGAUCGCGUGGAUUUUUCUCCGGGUCCUGCAAUUUUUCCCUACACAUUUAGAAACGUGUUUAAAGUGUUUGGAUGCUAUACAUUUCCACGUAAUGAGCCACUUCGUUGAGCUAUCAUUUGUGGCCAGGUCGCUUCUGAAAAAGAGAAAUAUAGCUCAGUGGGCCUGACCUGGUAAAAGAAAAAUAGAUUAGUUUGAGUUUUAAAAAAAAAAUCCAUUAUCUCACCUACCAUGACCUGAGAUCGAACUGGUGACCUCUGAAAAUUCCAGUGUGCUAUAAACCAUUACCACCACAGCAGCAAUUCCAUUUUAAUUGGGUAAAUGUAUAUAUUAAUAUGUAAAUAAUUGAUGCCUCAUUUCCAAGACCAUUGGGAACUAUGCUGACCCAGUGCUUGUCAGCCAGCCAGUCAUGGGGAGUCUUUGCUCCCUUGACACCAGCUCAUGCUGGUUUCCAAUUAAUACCAGAACUGUGACCCUGAGCUCUCUUCUCACACCAGACCGCAUGCGUAGAGCUGGGUAGACCACCAGAACAAGUCAUGACACACAGGGUCAAGGCAGAAGUAAUACACGCGUAUGAUGUAAUUAAAGUCACUUGGUUCGACCCCCUUGCCGUGGUAGUGUUAAAUCUACAUGGUAGAAAAUCACAUCCCUGCACCUCCGAUUAGCACGGUUGGCUACGUACGGUGCAAAAGAUCUUCAACAUACAAAACAGAAGUUAACUAUUCUACACCAGCGCACGUUGGCAUUUUAAAUAAACUUUGUUUCAAAAGGAACGUAUGUUUAAGAUCACUUCAUAACCACCGCUGUUUGGCCUAAGAGGGUAGGAUGUUGAAGGAAAGGGUAAGAAGGACUAUGUCAACAGAGUUGAACGGCUCUUCGUAGGUUGAGGACAAAACUCGGUCCUGGUGCUACUGUUGAUUUGCUCCUGGGCUGGUACAGCCUUGUGGGCAAGGAACAGAGGCAUUAGAAUGGAAGGGAUUUACAUUCGGAGAGAGGCUCUCUGACUUCAGUGUUGCCGCCUGCCCACGCUCCAUAUAUCUAUGAUUCCCAGUAUUCUCCAUUUAAAUGUAAAUUAGGUUGUGUGAUGAAUUGGCACGCAACUGAUGAUUGUUAAAGACGGAAAUUUGCAUGAACCCCGGGGUGUCAGAGCAAUGGGUUUUGGGAAAGUUGCAGGCAAAUUGUCUGGUUGGUGAGUUAGACAUUUGGGCAUGCAGUUACUUCGGGACAAUAUGUAUAUAUUUUUUUACAAUUUAGUGCUAAAAUGAAACUGGGGAUUUGAACGAUGGUUAAAACGUAUCUCUGGUGUGUUUCGUGUUGUACCGCCUGUUGUCCGACGUGAUGUCCGACGUUUUGCUCCACGUUUCUGGGAGCGAACCGUCGGACAUCAUCCCGAACAACACGCGGAACAACCCAAAAAUACACAGGAGAGCUAUAUGGAACAACUACAAAAAAAAACACCGACACUGUAGCGAUGCUUACAAUGACAAUGGAUGAAAAUUCACAGCCUCAUCAUCUGCCCUUCUGCUUGGCACAGUGUGUACUGAAUGGAUUUGGAAUUCUAAUUUGAGAGCCAUCACCACGAUGCCGGACAACGAAAGCUUCCAGCAGGUUUUACUUGCAGCUACGGGGGUGUGGAACUUAACGUUUGAGUUUUACACUUGGGGAAAAAUAAUAUAUCCAUGCCCCGCUCCCCCUGCUGUCUUUUUCACAAGCCAUCCCCGCGGCGAAAAUCAGUUUUCGUCACGGGCGAGUUGCCACAAUUAAAAAUGUGACCGUGCGAAUUUUGAGCCGUGUGGCUAUUUCCUAUAGAUUGUUUAAUCUGCUCGAGUGUGGUUUUUUUUGGCAGCAGGUAUUUUCUUUCGUGGCUGUCAUUUAGCAACUGAAAUUGUAUGAUCGUGGCGUAUUGAAUCUUUAUUCCAUGUCCUCAAGGUGCAAAUGUUUGCAUUUGUAUUGACUUAACACUGAGAUGUGCUGUUGCGUGUUUUAAUAAACGUUUAAAAUGCCCUUCCGUCCCCGAGUACACGAUCCACAGUCCUUAACUUUAGUUCCCAUCAUACUUGGCAUUGUCUUGUGAAGCGUUGGAACGUUACGCUUUGUUUUUAUGUUUCUAAUAUGGCUAUAGCCUUCAUCUGUUAAAAUGGGCCCUCGAUCUUAGAUGCACUUUGUUAGAAUAAUACAUUAUUAAUAUGCACAAAUAAAUAACUGCAGUCCAGAAUGUGUUUUUAUAGCUUUUUUUCGGCCUGAAAUUUGGUAUUUUUCGUAUUUGCUGUUUUGACAUUUAGUCGUUACUGUUGGGACAUUUAAUAUUUGCAUGACUUUUCGUGUUUGGUUAUUUCAUUGUUGGUAAGCAUUAAAAUGCAGUACAAUUUG